AUGUGGGAGGCGAAGCUGGAGCCCGACGUCACCAUCAGCUGCAAUGCUGGGAUCAGCGCCUGCGAGAAGGGCGAGCAGUGGCGGCGGGCCUUGGCGCUUCUCGGCGAGAUGCGGGGGGCGCAGCUGGAGCUCGACUCUGUCAGCUGCGACGCGGUGCUCCUGGCCCUGGAGAGGGGCGAGGCGGGCAUCCGCAUGAGGCGGCUGCUCCAGGCCCCGCCGCCGGGCGCAGAGCGCGCUUGCGCCGGGGGCACCCUGAGACGCGCCCCCUCGCGGCUGGGCCUCAGCGGCGCUGGCGGGCUGCACUUUUGUAUAUUCCAGGGCGGCGAGCAGGGCGUCGAGGGCUGGACCCUUGACCGCGGCAGCUUUGUCAAUCGCUGGGACGCGCUGCUGGACGGGCUGCUCCAGUGCGUCAUGAUGGACGGCGAGUGGCCCCACGAGGUGCGCGCCUCCGCCUUUGUGGGGCGGGACAGCGUCCACCUCGGCGGCCAGGUACAGGACUGGGUGAUGCCCGUGGUCGGCCAGCGCGAUGGCGGGGCUGCCGCCUUCCAGCCCGUCACUCUCCCGGCUUGGGAGGACGUGCUCUGGUGGGCGCGGGGCGAGGCAGGCCUCCCUGACCUCGAGUGGCGCCUGGCCAGGGAGGCGCCGGGGUCGCUGGAGGCGACCCGGCGGCAGCAGCUCGAGAGCCUGAGAGAGGAACUGGCGCGCCUCCCGGAGGCCGCGGCGGUGUUCCUGUUCACGCCGGCGCGGCCCGACGUGUCCUACGACAGGCUCGUGGAGCUCGGCGAGGGGCGCAGCCCGCGGUCUGGCGGGGUGUACGUCCUGAUGGGGGGUGCGCACGGCUUCGACGACAGCGACGACUGCGACAGCUGUUUCGCGGCCGAGGUCUUUGCGGCCUUCUCGGCGCGUUUCGGCGACGACCGCGUCCUCCGCGUCAGUCUCGGGGCAGACGAGCUCCCCGUGGGUGGGCCCGAGCCCAAGUUCACGCUAGCGAGCGUGGCAAGCUUUGUGAGCGUCGAGUACACCCGUGGGGCGCUGCAGCAAGCAGUUGCUGGCGUCGAGGCGUAUUGCCAUAAAAAAACGAGCACCUACAACUCUGGCAUAAGCGCGUGCGAGAACGGCGAGCAGUGGCAGCGGGCUUUGUCGCUGCUGGGCGAGAUGUGGGAGGCGAAGCUGGAGCUCGACGCCGUCAGCUACAGCGUCGGGAUCACGGCGGUGAUCAAGCUCAAGCGGGAGAGACUAGCAGCUUUCGGCAGCAAGGCCAACCCCGAGUGGGGCCUCAAGAUGGGAGUGAAGAUGGGCUCGCCCGAGUGGAACUCCUUGGCGGACCCGAGCUACACAGGCUCAAUGGACACGGGGCACAAGGAGGGGAUGCAGACGUUCGGCGAGGUGGAGAAGGGUAUGCAGGACGAGGCGGAGUACGGGGUGCUCGCGUUGCUGGAGGUGGUGCAGUCCGACUUCGCUAACCUGGAGGCGUCCACCAAGGCGGCAGAGGCCGAGAGCCAGAAGGCGUAUGACGAGUUCAUGAUCGCUUCCAAGAAGGACAAAGCGAAGAAGGACAGGAAGGUCGAGAUGAACACCGCCGACAAGAACUCCGCGGAGUCGCAGAUGCAGCAGGACAUCGCCGACUUGAAGGCCACCCAGGACGACGAGCUCAUCGCCGCGCAGGCUUUCUACGACCGGUUGGUGCCACAGUGCUUCGACAAGGGCAUGACGUUCAAAGAGCGCACGGAGGCCCGCGAGUCGGAGAUAGCGUCCCUCAAAGAAGCCCUGAAGAUCUUGGACAGCGAAGACAUCGCCUGA